GCGGAAUGAAAUAAAGAUACUUUUGUGUCUUACUCCUCCUUUGGACCCGGUGCUCGGUUACGUUUUUGGCACGGAUUCCACAUCCUCCGGACGAUUAAUGACUCACAUUGCCUGAUAUCUGUUCAAGACAGCGAGUAUGGCCAGCGAUGAACAAUUCCUACGAGACCUUGGGUUGGAGGGCGAGGAUUUCAUCUUUCUGAAAGAUGUAAAUGUUCGCGAGGAUGUUGUGCUGGGUGGAGGAUCGGGAACAAUCGUUUACCAAUGCGACUACCGUGGCCAAACAGCGGUUGCUAAGGCCUUGCUUCCGUUCUCGUUGAACGUACCUGAUGCAGAACGCAGAGAAAGGCUGAAAAAGUUCGGUGAUGAGUUCAAGCGGCAGGGAACGUUGGAUCACGAGAACGUGGUGCGCCUCCACGGGCUGGCGAGAAUCAACCACAUGCCAGCGAUCGUUAUGGAGCACCUUGGUUCCGAGCUGGAGAAACAUGCUAUCGGCUCUGGAAGACGUGACAAUGCCACUCUGCUCGGAUACCUGGGAGAUAUCGCUGCGGGUCUAGCUCACCUACAUGACAACAACAUCAUCCAUCGCGACCUGACGUUGUCCAAUAUUCUCGUCACGCACGACAGACAAGCAGCAAAGAUAACGGACGUCAGGGUCUCGCGAUUGCUUCAUGGCAGUGCGGGCGAGGGAGAAUCAGCCCGAGCCAACACCAAGAUGACGGAUUGCCCCGGUGGUCAUCUCUAUAUGGCUCCUGAAGCUUUCACUGGCAAACAAUUCUCUUGCAAGUACGACACAAGUGUGGACAUGUACGCAUUUGGUGUACUGGCGUUGAGUGUGCUCACGGACCACAUGCCUUCCUACGAUAUUCUGUGGUCACCAAGAACGGAAGUGGUCGAUGGCCGCGAGAGGGAUAUCCCGGAUGCCAUUCGACGCAAGAAGGACCUAGCUCGGCUGGAGGAAAGCCACAUGCUGAAGCCAUUCAUCCUGAGGUGCCUCUCUAACGACCCAGCACAGCGACCUUCUGCUGCUGAAGCUGAAGAAUUGUUCAGGGAGGCUGCCUCAGUAGCACGCCAAACUCAGUCUGCUCUGCUCGCCACCUAUCAACUCACACCAGCUCCACGGGAUGAACUCGUGACACGCCGAGCCACCCAUUCUAGCCAGGCAACACCGACGCAACGAGCAUUCACACGUCGACGCCGGACCCAGGCUCCGACUGCAGAUGAAGGUCACGGAAAUGGGCAAAUUGACACGGGUCACCCCAUGGUUAGCGACAAACGUCACCGUAACGGCAACGUCUGUGCCCAGCCACCACAGCACAAGACCGGCAUCAAUUGGGAACCAAUACUCCUGACUUGCCUGCUGGUAGGCAUUACCACAGGAAUGCUGGUGUUCUUGCUUAACCAGAACAACGACCCAGGGCCAUUUGCGCCCGAUAUCGCAUCACGACAGUGGCAGCCCGUAAAGCUACCCAUGCUUCGCCAUCAGCUGCGUGGCAGAAGUGUUCUGGCACCUGUGUGGGAUUUUGCUAAAGAUUUUAUGUCGACAUUUCACACCGAUCGCACCCGAAGUACAAUAUUUCUUGGACUGUCCGUGGUGUUCCGCAAUAGGUUGUACUGUGUGCAGACUGAUCACCGACUUAAUAUCUUUGUCCAGUACACAGAAUCUGACGAUCUGACCAACUUGACAGCAGAAAGCUUUCGUCAAGUGUACACUGCUGGCCAUGCUAUUGCCUCUGCAGCUCAUGCAACGGACAACGGCUUAUAUAUCGCUGUAUUUGAAGUUGAUACAAUGCGCACAGUAAUACUCCACACGAUUGACGGUGAAAACAUCACGCGCUUCACCAAGGAUCUAUUUCCCGUCGGCUUGAUGUUCGUGAACAUGCUUGUCAGGGAUAACGUCAUGUUCCUAUGUGGCGCGAACAUUAAGCAGCAUCCGCAAAGGCAAUAUUCCAUAUGCUAUGCUCUGCAAAUCCACAGUUCUGGUUUUGUGACAUCAGGGAUUGUCAACGCGUGUACUGAUCUCACUCGUCUACCACUACUGCCCCAUAUCCGACAGCCUAAAAGGCUGAUAAGCUUGAACAAUGACAUAUACUUGAUAGCGUCAAGUCAUGAUGCAGAAUGCGAAGAUGCUACAAAACGCGUGCAGUAUGAACGCCUAGUGUACAAGUUUCAUAUGGAUGAAGCAGACGUGAGCACUGCAUGCUGGACGCAAGUCGAAGUGGAACACGACGUUCCUACCGUCAUUGGAAGUACGACAUUAACUUUCGGUGACCAUCAGAUAGUGUGUAAAGAGUCCGACAGGGACACACAUGUAGGUAAGUGUCACAGUGCACACCCUGGCAGUGGUAGAGUUACAGAGCUGCCUGCAAUUCCAGCACCUGUCCUUCAGCCCAUUCAACUCCGUAUUUACAAGCAGCACUUGGUUGCGUCAGGCCUAGUGGUUUCUGAUAAGAAGUCAAGCUCAAUUCAGAUGUUCUCGCUGGGGCUUACCGAAAAGCACUCGCGCGGAAAGGUGCACUUAUGAUGUACACGCUUCGUGGAAACCCCACCCACACACCCACACACCCACACACACACACCCACACACCCACACAGAGAAUACACCCACACACUCACACACCCACACACUCACACACCCACACACCCACGCACCCACGCACCCACACACCUACACAUGUUCUCUAUUCCUAACUUGCGUUACGUACAGUGCAGAUCCAAUGCUUCCAUUACCACAUGCUAUACAAUUGAGUUUUUUUAAUUUAUUUAUGUAUUUUAUUGAAAAGCCACAACCUUCAGACAUGUGAAUGUGCACAUUAUAUCAGUGUACAUACGUAUGUAUCGAGUUGAGCCCCACUGUUGUACAUACAAUGUACCUAUGGAGGCCCACAUUGUGUGUGUAUAUUAUAAUAUUAUUAUACAAGAUCGCUCAAAAGAAACGCAUAUGCGGUCUCUGAACUGCAAUUAAAAAAAAUGCAUCAAUAUAUUAUCGACCUUGUAAAAAGGUUAUUAUGAUACCGGUAAUUAUAGACAAUGUAGGCUUCAAGUUGCAUUUUGAAGCCUAUACAACACUACAUGUGUAACGAUUAUAUCAUGGGUCAGAGUCAGAAGAAUUUACAUGACGCGUAUUCUCUCCUAAACUCUCUUACCCUCUCCUAAGAUCUCAAAGGCUCAUAACUGUCAACAUUACUUCAAUCCUGGAACCUUUGGAUUCGUUGUGUCACUUUCAAGAAACAUUUCAUCAUGUUCAAAUACGUCAAUCGUAGUCUUCCAUCGUUGAUUUGUUUCCGUGUUCUCUUUUGUGCCUUGUUCAUUAAUCUAUUUUCCUCUUCCAUUUUUUUCUCAUAAUAUCUUCAUCAUCUUGCGAGAACUGUGGCAUUACACCCUAGA